AUGGGUAAGAAGAAGGUAGUGAAGAAAACAAAAGAGCUAUCAGUAGCAAUAGCAGAAUCAUCAUCAAUAGGUGAAGAACCAGAGGAACAGCAACAACUACAAACUCCUACAAAAAGAGGUAGAGGUAGACCUCGCAAAAUCAUUGAGAAGAGUGAAGAUGCAAAGGAGGAAGAAGAAGAAGAAGCACAAGAUGUUGGAGAUCAGAGAGAAGCAACAAAAAGAGUUAAAACUAGUGAAGAAGAAGAAGAAGAGAGAGAGAAACAGCAGCAAAUAAAAGAAGUGGAAGCAUCAUCAUCUUCAAGAAAGGAGGAUGAAAGGACUGAAGAAACACAGUUGUUGAAGAAGCAGCCUAUGAGAAGCAGAGCUAAGCGUAAAAGCAAGCCCAGAAAGAGCAGCUAA